AUGGAGGACGUCCUGGACUCGGCGGUGGGGGCCCACUUCAGCGGCCUCCGCCGCGACUUGCGCCGCCUCUCCUCCUCCUCCUCCCUCCCCUCCUCGCCCUCCUCCGCCACCUGCAACGACGCCUCCGCGGCCGCGCCCAGCGGGCUCGCGUCCCCCGCGCCCAGGCAGCCCUUCGUGAUCGGGGUGUGCGGCGGAACGGCGUCGGGGAAGACGACGGUGUGCGACAUGAUCAUCCAGCAGCUGCACGACCACCGCGUCGUGCUCGUCAACCAGGAUUCGUUCUACCGCGGUUUAACUGAGGAGGAAUCUGAACAUGUGGAAGAGUACAACUUUGAUCACCCUGAUGCAUUUGAUACUGAUCAACUUCUAGAGUGCAUGGGAAAGCUAAAGAGUGGGCAGUCUGUUAAUAUUCCUAUAUAUGAUUUCAAGAAUCAUCGACGAUGCUCUGAGAGCUUUAGAAAGGUCAAUGUAUCAGAUGUCAUCAUUCUGGAGGGAAUUUUGGUUUUUCAUGAUCAAAGGGUGCGUGACUUGAUGGACAUGAAAAUUUUCGUUGACACAGAUGCUGAUAUUAGGCUUGCCCGAAGAAUAAGGCGUGAUACAGUUGAAAGAGGUAGAGAUGUUCUCUCAGUGCUUGAGCAGUAUGCUGAUGUGAUCAUACCGCGAGGAGGAGAUAACCAUGUUGCCAUUGAUUUAAUUGCGCAACAUAUUCGUACAAAACUAGGACAGCACGACUUGUGCAAAUUAUAUCCAAAUGUUUGCGUAGUUCAGACAACUUUCCAGAUACGAGGAAUGCAUACCCUCAUUCGUGACCGGGAAAUUACGACUCCUGAUUUUGUCUUCUAUUCAGAUCGGCUGAUUCGUCUGGUAGUUGAGCAUGGUCUGGGGAAUUUGCCAUUUACAGAGAAGCAGGUCGUUACACCUACAGGUUCUGUUUAUUCAGGAGUUGACUUCUGCAAGAAGCUUUGUGGAGUGUCGAUUGUUCGAAGUGGUGAAAGCAUGGAGAAUGCUUUGCGUGCUUGUUGUAAGGGGAUAAAAAUAGGUAAAAUCCUAAUACAUCGUGUUGGAGACGACGGACAACAACUCAUAUAUAACAAGCUGCCCAGUGAUAUUGCUGAACGGCAUGUUCUACUUAUGGAUCCUGUGCUCGGUACUGGUAACUCAGCAAAUCAAGCUAUACAGCUUCUUAGAAGUACAGGAGUUCCAGAGGACCACAUCAUGUUUCUUAAUCUUAUAUCAGCUCCUGAAGGAAUCCAUUGUGUCUGCAAGCGAUUCCCUGGUGUGAAGAUCGUAACAUCGGAGAUCGACGCCGGGUUGAAUGAGGAAUACCGUGUCGUGCCAGGGCUGGGUGAAUACGGCGAUCGCUACUUCGGCACAGACUAA